AACGUCCCCGAGCCCCCUGAGCUCUCCCGCUGCUCCGGCAGCAGCAGCUCCUGCAGUCAGUGGUGCUCCGGGCGGCCGCGCAGGAUCUGAUGGGCGACAGGAGGACCGCGGCUCUGCCAGGUGUCAGCCCGUGAUACACAGCACACAGCUGCAAGCCACGGGGGAUAACCGUGCAGGCCAGGGCGGCUGCAGCAGGUGUUGAAGAAUUGUGCGGUCAUUAGAAAGAUGGACUAUACAGUACCACAGAAGAAAGGACUAUAUUGGUUUAAGAUGCUGUGGAUUAUACUGAUCUGUUUGGUUGGCAAAGCACUGUCUGAAGUUGGAGACUGCAAGGAGCAGGAGUAUUUUGAUAACACCGGAAAUUGUAGACCCUGCAAGCAAUGUGGCCCAGGCAAGGAGCUGUCUAAGGAGUGUGGUUUUGGAUACGGGGAAGACGCGCAGUGUUUGCCCUGCAGACCCAAUAGGUUUAAAGAAGAUUGGGGUUUCCAGAAAUGCAAGACUUGCCUAGACUGCGGCACAGUGAACCGCUACCAGAAAGCAAACUGCACAUCAACCGGAAAUGCCGCGUGCGGUGAAUGUUUGCCAGGCUUCUAUAGAAAGACCAAACUGGGUGGAUUCCAGGACAUGGAGUGCGUCCCCUGUGGGGAUCCCCCGCCCACAUACGAGCCUCACUGCAGCAAGGUGAAUCUUGUGAAGAUUGCUGCCACGGCAUCGAGUCCCCGGGAUACCGCUCUGGCUGCUGUUAUAUGUAGCGCUUUGUCCACCGUGCUCCUGGCCCUGCUAAUCCUCUCUGUCAUCUACUGCAAGAGACAAUUCAUGGAAAAGAAACCAAAUUGGUCCGGUAGAUCCCAUGAAGUGCAGUACACCGGCUCAGAGCUGUUGUGCUUGGACAGACCUCCGCUCAGCGAGCACACACACAGGGCUUGCUGCCGAUGCCAGCAGGAACCAGAGCAGUCUUGUGGCCCCGUUCACUUGAUCCCAUCUUUGUGUUGUGAUGAAACUUUCAGCAUUGGACAUGGCUGUAUAUUCCGAUCGCACAGCACGCUGUGCAAUGGGAAUGCAGAGUCUGUGGCAGACAUGAUUCCUGCAUAUUUUGGAUCCGCUUCACACUCGGCCUGCAGAGAGCUUGCAGAAACUUGGCCCCUUAUGCAAACACCUCCUGGCACAGAGAGCGCUCCUGCCUGCGAGCCAUAUCAGGAGCCUAUGGAAGGAGAUGUAGACUCUUUGAAUAGAGAUACUGAAGAGCCAAGUAAUUUACACACGCACAGUAACAGUGGAGAGACGCAACCUUCAGAGCAUCUUCAUGUAUUAGAGCUGGCGCCGGGUCAGAUUGCUGAAGGAAGUCAGCCUGAGGUUUCAUGCACUGACCAUGAUAAACAGGAAUGCUGAGUGAUUGGCAGAGUAAAUUUCCCAUUGGAAACUGUCAGCAAUGUCAAUGUCCAUCAAGAUCAUCUUCAUAGAGAGCUACAUUUAUGGGCACUUUGUGGAGUAUAAUGGAAUCGGGUGUUUCAUCGUUCGGGGAUUUGUAUUCGUGUGGGACUUCUGAAUGUGACUACAGUAAAUAUGGCCCAUAUGUAGAACACAAGGACGUGUAUACAGGGAGAACAUUGCUGAACUAGGAAAUUUCUAGGAGACGUUUUGUUCAAGAAGAAAGCUUCACCUGAGAAGAUCAAGUGGAUUAUAAAGCCAAAUGCAUCCGUCUAAUUAUGUAGUGACCACCAUCACACGCUUCUGCUCUUACUACAGGAACAUUUAUGUAGUGACCGCCGUCACAUUCUUCAGCUGUUACUACAGCAACAUUUAUGUAGCGACCGCCAUCACACGCUUCUGCUCUUACGACAGGAACAUUUAUGUAGUGACCGCCAUAACACGCUUCUGCUCUUACUACAGGAACAUUUAUGUAGUGACCGCCAUCACACGCUUCUGCUCUUACGACAGGAACAUUUAUGUAGUGACCGCCAUAACACGCUUCUGCUCUUACUACAGGAACAUUUAUGUAGUGACCGCCAUAACACGCUUCUGUUCUUACUACAGGAACAUUUAUGUAGUGACCGCCAUAACACGCUUCUGCUCUUACUACAGGAACAUUUAUGUAGUGACCGCCAUCACACGCUUCUGCUCUUACGACAGGAACAUUUAUGUAGUGACCACCAUCACACGCUUCUGCUCUUACUACAGGAACAUUUAUGUAGUGACCGCCAUCACACGCUUCUGCUCUUACUACAGGAACAUUUAUGUAGUGACCGCCAUCACACGCUUCUGCUCUUACUACAGGAACAUUUAUGUAGUGACCGCCAUCACACGCUUCAGCUGUUACUACAGGAACAUUUAUGUAGCGACCGCCAUCACACGCUUCUGCUCUUACUACAGGAACAUUUAUGUAGUGACCGCCAUCACACGCUUCAGCUGUUACUACAGGAACAUUUAUGUAGUGACCGCCAUCACACGCUUCAGCUGUUACUACAGGAACAUUUAUGUAGUGACCGCCAUCACACGCUUCUGCUCUUGCUACAGGAACAUUUAGGUAGUGACCGCCAUCACACGCUUCAGCUCUUACUACAGGAACAUUUAUGUAGUGACCGCCAUCACACACUUCUGUUCUUACUACAGGAACAUAUAUGUAGUGACCGCCAUCACACGCUUCUGCUCUUACUACAGGAACAUUUAUGUAGUGACCGCCAUCACACGCUUCAGCUGUUACUACAGGAACAUUUAUGUAGUGACCGCCAUCACACGCUUCAGCUCUUACUACAGGAACAUUUAUGUAGUGACCGCCAUCACACGCUUCAGCUGUUACUACAGGAACAUUUAUGUAGUGACCGCCAUCACACGCUUCAGCUCUUACUACAAGAACAUUUAGGUAGUGACCGCCAUCACACGCUUCUGCUCUUACUACAGGAACAUUUAUGUAGUGACCGCCAUCACACGCUUCAGCUGUUACUACAGGAACAUUUAUGUAGUGACCGCCAUCACACGCUUCAGCUCUUACUACAGGAACAUAUAUGUAGUGACCGCCAUCACACGCUUCUGCUCUUACUACAGGAACAUUUAUGUAGUGACCGCCAUCACACUGUUCUGCUCUUACUACAGGAACAUAUAUGUAGUGACCGCCAUCACACGCUUCUGCUCUUACUACAGGAACAUUUAUGUAGUGACCGCCAUCACACGCUUCUGCUCUUACUACAGGAACAUAUAUGUAGUGACCGCCAUCACACGCUUCUGCUCUUACUACAGGAACAUAUAUGUAGUGACCGCCAUCACACGCUUCUGCUCUUGCUACAGGAACAUUUAUGUAGUGACCGCCGUCACAUUCUACAGCUGUUACUACAGGAACAUUUAUGUAGUGACCGCCAUCACACGCUUCUGCUCUUACUACUGGAACAUUUAUGUAGUGACCGCCAUCACACGCUUCUGCUCUUACGACAGGAACAUUUUAUGUAGUGACCGCCAUCACACGCUUCUGCUCUUACGACAGGAACAUUUAUGUAGUGACCGCCAUCACACGCUUCUGCUCUUACUACAGGAACAUAUAUGUAGUGACCGCCAUCACACGCUUCUGCUCUUACUACAGGAACAUUUAUGUAGUGACCGCCAUCACACGCUUCAGCUCUUACUACAGGAACAUAUAUGUAGUGACCGCCA